CAGCGAGCCCGGAGCAGAUCUGCUGGUGAGGAGGAGGCUUGGAGCAAAAUGGCUGCUGCGUGUCGGAGUGUGAAGGGCCUGGUUUCAGUGAUAACCGGAGGAGCCUCGGGGCUAGGCUUAGCCACGGCGAUGCGACUCGUGGGGCAGGGAGCCUCUGCUGUGCUUCUGGACCUGCCCAACUCGGAUGGAGAGGCCCAGGCCAAGAAAUUAGGGAAGAACUGUGCCUUCGCCCCUGUCGACGUGACCUCAGAGAAGGACGUGCAAGCAGCCCUGACUGUAGCAAAAGCAAAGUUUGGCCGUGUGGAUGUCGCAGUCAACUGUGCAGGCAUUGCCGUGGCCAUCAAGACAUACAACUUAAAGAGGGGCCAGGUCCAUAGCUUGGAGGACUUCCAACAAGUUCUCAAUGUGAAUCUCAUAGGUACCUUCAAUAUGAUCCGCCUCGUGGCCCAAGAAAUGGGCCAGAAUGAACCAGACCAAGGAGGCCAACGUGGCGUCAUCAUCAAUACUGCUAGUGUUGCAGCCUUUGAUGGCCAGGUUGGACAGGCUGCAUACUCUGCUUCUAAGGGGGGCAUAGUAGGCAUGACACUGCCUAUUGCUCGGGAUCUGGCUCCCAUUGGCAUACGGGUGAUGACCAUUGCUCCAGGUCUGUUUGGCACUCCAUUGCUGACUAGCCUCCCAGACAAGCCUUCUAUGAGCUUGAUGGAGACGGGGAAGAAGACCAUUCUGAGCUCAGCGACUGCUGGUAUUGAACUGUAGAUGAUACUGGGAUGUAGGUUGAUUGGUGUAGAUUCUUGAAUUCAGGUAAUUCUGCCUGUAAAAGAAGUCCAGUGUGCGUUCAGUUGAUGUCCUUUCCCUUUCUCCUUCUCAACAUCCGUCCUCACCUUCCCUGACUUUCAACAUCCCUCCCCACCACCAUCCCCUAGUACUCACUCUUUUUUUUGCUCCUUAGCCAGUUGGUGGUUGAAGGAGCCCAGCCCCCUCCGAAAUUCAGUACACAGUUCCCUCUCUUGCUGUUCCAGCUCUAGCAUUGCCUGGGCCAAGUAUGUGGUCUGGCUUUUCCAUUCCUCAUCCCGUGCUUUCUUGGCCUGGCGCUGUGCCUUCUUUUCACAGCGCUGCACUUCUUGGACUUUCCUGAUGGCAGCUCGCUGCUCUGGAGUCAUUCCCUUCCAGCAAUAGGGCAGGACUCGAUGGGGAGCGUUAGGGUUUUGGGCAACUUGGGGGUUCUCGGUCAGCAGGUCGCUUGUAAUCUGGUUUUGGAUAUCCAUAAAGUUGGCUGCCUGCUGACGCUGAUAUUCACAGUGCUUCCUCUCAGCCAGCUCAGUUACCUGGUGGGGUCCCCAUAAAUGUUAGCAUUUGAGUGGCCAACUUCACAAAACUUUCAGGUGUGGGGACGGGGCGGUUAUAUGAUCUUGCUCUCCAUCUCAGAGAAGGAGCAGAUACCACAGGGCCUCUUAAUGACCCUUGAGGUGGCAGAAGGGUGAAUAGGCAGGGAGAACUUCUCUGUCCUUAGGAAUCCCUUAGACUAAGAGGCUGGGGUGGGAAGGUAAGUACUUUGUUCUCAAGUCAUCCUGAGUCUGGAGGUAGGGAGAGGUAUCGUCUGACUUAAGGGAGCCUUGAGGUGAAGGAAGGAGUCCUUAGGUAGAGAGGUAAGGAAAAAUAUGGUUAAGCUUCCCCAGGACAUUGUUCAGGGGACUGAGGGGAACAUAGUGCACUUGAUGGCUCAGGCCAUACCUGGGCUCUGUUGACGUUGGCUAUGGCAGACUUCGUAGCCAUGUGACAGGACUUCUCCAAGUUGGCCAGGUGAGUGGCCCGCAUGUCCAUGCCAAGGCACAGCUUGUCAUUAAGCAUAUCUACAAAGAAAUGUGGUCUGAGUACAACACUGGCCUGCUCCAUUUCUGGUCCCUCAUUUAGUCAUUUGUUCAACAAGUUUUGUGUAUAUGUAAGUUUAGAGAGGUAGGUAAUAUUUUGAGUUAGGAUAUGGAAGAAGCUACAUUGGGGGACUAAGGAUAGCCAAAGUGGUAGCAACAAAUUUUCAAAAGACUAGCUGAAAGAUGUACCCCAAAGAUGGGUCCCAAUGCCAGUCCCAGUCAUGUAUCUUAGAAGGUACAUGACCUUAGGUAAAACAAUUUCAUCUCUCUAAGUCGGUAGCUAGUAAAAACAGCCCUGGUUUCAUAGUGGGUUAUGCAUUGGGUUGCUAACUACAGUAUCAACAAUUUGAAAUCAGCUACUCAGGAGAAAGAGGAGGCUUUCUAUUUCUGUAAGAUUGAUAGUGUCGGAAAUCCACAGAGGCAGUUCUACUCUGUCCUAUAGGUUUGCUAUGAGUCAGAAUCUACUUGAUGGCACUGAGAAGCCUCUAUCUACAUGUAUUGGUCUCCAAGGACACCACUAAAUCAGAUUCUUUCCUCAGCUCUGCUUAGUGAAGAAGAUAAUAAUGUGGUAAGAACAAUGACAGAGAUAUGUAAAAGGAAUUUUCAGUGCUUUGGGUGGUGGGUAGGAGGAAGGCUUGCAGAAAGAGUUGGUUAUUGGAUUAUGUUUUUGUAUAUAGGCAAAAAGCAUAGGGCAUUCCAAGCAUGAGCCAAAGUAUUGAAAUGUUUUCAUUCCAGCCUCUGGUCUCUGCUGGCCCUAGAACAUGCUUUGGAUGAGUAAUAGAUGUUAUUCUUGGCUCUUUUUCUCUUUCUUUCUUUUCUUUUUUUCCUUCUUACUUUCUUAACUUACUUUCUCAUUGAGGCCUUUCUCUUGUUGCCUAACCUAAAUUUUGCAACCUGCCUACUCCAAAACAGUUAUCCUCAGGGGAUUUUUCUCCUUCGCACUUAUCACUAUCUAAUAUACUGUUUUACUAAAAUAUUUUAUCUACUGUUUGUCUCAUUAGAAGGCAAUCUUUGUAAGGACAGAGUUUUUUUUGCUCGUUGCUGCUAUGCCCCAGUAUUUAAACCAGAGCCUGGCACAUAGUAAGUAGGUUCGCAAUAAAUACUUGUUAAAUGAA